UCCCUGACCCAGCCCAUGAUCACCGACCUCGCCCGCGCCUUCAAAACCCUAGACGCCGACGAUACGGUCACCGUCAUCGUCAUCACCGGAGAAGGCCGCGCCUUCUGCUCCGGCGUCGACUUGACCGCGGCGGAGGAGGUGUUCAAGGGCGACGUCAAGAACCCUGACACCAACCCUGUGAUUCAGAUGGAGAGAUGCAGGAAGCCCAUCAUCGGCGCCAUCUCGGGGUUCGCCGUGACCGCCGGCUUCGAGAUCGCGCUCGCCUGUGAUAUCUUGGUCGCUGGCAAGGGCGCCAAGUUUAUUGAUAGCCAUUCGAGGUUUGGAAUAUUUCCAUCAUGGGGCCUUUCUCAGAAGCUUUCACGUGUAAUAGGACCAAACAGGGCUCGUGAAGUGUCACUCACUGGCAUGCCUAUAACUGCAGAAAUGGCAGAAAAAUGGGGGCUUGUUAAUCAUGUCGUGGACACUGGAGAAGUGUUGAAGAAAGCCAAAGAGGUCGCAGAGGCCAUCUUGAGAAAUAAGAGAGACAUGGUAUUUAAAUACAAGUCUGUUAUCAAUGAUGGCUUCAAACUGGACCUCACCAAUGCCCUUGCUCUUGAGAAAGAGAGAGGACACAAUUAUUAUAGUGGCAUGACUAAAGAUCAAUUUGCACAAAUGCAGAAAUUCAUAAUGGGUCGUAGUUCAAAGUCCGCUUCAAAGUUGUAGAUGCAUUGGAUUUGUAUUGUGGAAAGUUUAUACAAACCUAAGAAAUAAUCUGGUAUCUUUGUUUACUGGCAGCUAUCAAGUGUAAUAUUUCUUAAUGUAUGUGAAUAAGAGGAUAACACUAUUUCUCUAAUCUCUCUUUCUUGAGAGCACGCGCUUAUAGCUGCGUGUUGUAAUGGUUCAGAGGGUCACUUUUGGUA